AAGGAACAGCGGAACCCAAAUCCAGUGUCGCAGAUGGACGUGGAAUGGAAAAGAGGAAAUCCAGGUUUAUGGCCGAGAGACAUAAGUAGGGGAAUAAAUACUCACGUAAUACAUAUUUGCCAUCCUUCAGCACCUUUUCUAAGAUGGCUCCAUGAUUAGCCUGCUAAGUGUGUGCCUACGGCUCGUCAUUGCACUCUUUACACGAGGAUUCUUCCAACCCGAUGAGUAUUUUCAAGCCCUAGAACCCGCUCAUAAAAUUGUCUUCGGCUAUGGACACUUAACGUGGGAGUGGUUAAGCCCGCAACCUGUCCGUGGCGUCUUAUACCCUGCAAUCAACAUACCCGCCUACUGGGUUUUGAAAGCGUCAGGUCUGGAUAGGAAAUACUCCACCGCUGUGGUUGUUGCCCCCAGAUUGAUCCAUGGCUUACUUGCCGCGCUCACGGAUAUCUGGGUCUGCAAGCUUGCGCGAGAGGUACUUGACGAAUCUUAUGUAGGGGCCGCUCAUUUCCUUUCUCUGACAUCUUUCUUUCAUGCAAUGUCAUUGUCGAGAUCGCUGUCGAAUUCACUAGAGACGUCGCUGACGACCAUCGCACUGAGUCAUUUUCUUUGGAACGUGAAAGCACCAUUUUCACCGGCGCGCCUGAGAAGAUGCAUCUUUUUCGCUGCGCUUGCUUGUGCCAUAAGGCCAACAAAUGGCAUUAUAUGGGUCUACAUAUUCUCUGUCCUGUCUCUUCAACUUAGAUCACACCCUAGAAGAUUGAUAAUUUUCACGCGCGACGCUGUCGUAAUUGGUGCCAUUGUUCUGACCGUUUCCUUUGUUCUUGACACGUUGUUUUAUGGACAACCUACUCUGACGCUACUGAACUUCCUUUGCGUGAAUGCCUCGCCCGUUUCGUCUUUUUACGGCUCUAGUCCUUGGCACUAUUACUUGUUACAGGCCAUCCCCAUCCUAUGCACUACAUCGCUUCCGUUCGUGUUGCAUGGAUGCCUCCUAGCUGUAAAGAAGAGCGAGGUUAAGCUAAAGAUCUUAACAGGAUGUGUGGCAUGGACUAUUGGUGUAUACUCCUUGCUAGGGCAUAAGGAAUGGCGGUUCUUACAUCCACUGCUUCCCAUGCUUCACGUCCUCGGGGCCAGGUCCUUGGGGGAACUUUACAACCAUGAUCCUCAGGCCCAUCGUUCGAGACGACCUUCUAAAACGAAGCAACUGGGCCCUCCACUUCGUACAUGCUACCUGGUGCUUCUACUGCUACCAGUUCCGGCUAGCGUAUACGUCACCUUUUUCCACUGUACUGGACAAAUCGAAGUAAUGUCUUACCUGAAGGCCCUGCCGGUUGACGUCUCGACUACGAUAGGCUUCUUAAUGCCGUGCCACUCGACGCCCUGGCAAGCUUACUUGCAUCGCCCAGACCUUGCUCAUCCCGGUAAGAUGUGGGCACUGGGUUGUGAACCGCCUCUGAUGGUACGGGAUAAAGCCAGGUACAAGGACCAGACCGACUUGUUCUUCGAAUCUCCAAAAGCAUACAUGCUGUCACAUUUCCCCCCUGAAGUGGACCCGUCGUUUCCACCAUCACCAUUUCCCAGUUCAAUACCGGACCAGUCGUUCGUAAGCACCUUGGCCGCGAUGGAAAGUCAUAACAAUUCGUGGGACAUGGGAUGGAGGCACGAAUGGCCCAAAUACAUCGUUAUGUUCGGCGCACUCCUGCGAGAACCUAACGUUCUCUCUUUGCUGCAGGAGAAGGGAUACCGUGAAAUCUGGAAAGGUGGACGGGAAUGGGAUGGUGAUGAAAGGAGAAAAGGAGGUGUGCGGGUUUGGGAGCAUGGCACAUUGUAGACUGUAAGAUAUAAGCUCACUAUUGCAACGUGUACAGAAGUGAUCGUUGCUACUGUGUAGACCGUUAAGGGAAAUGAUGACUGACACAUUCUAUUGUCCAGCGCCGUACGCAAGAACCACCGAUCAUUUUGCAUUUUGACGGGCUGCGCGUGUCAGCUAGGGCAGAAGCUGAGUAUGCAUAGUCAGUUAGGACGUAAAGAGCUUACUCU